UCAUAUUUAUUUGAUAAAAAAUUAAUAGUAAAAAAUAGAAAGAAUUGGAUUUUAAAAGACCAAAAACCUUAAAAAAUAAAUAAGAACAGACAGUUUUUAUAUUAGCUUUUUUGAAGGGGCUUAAACGGUUAAUUUUUGGGCGUUUCAUAUUGAUUUAUUGUUAAAAGACAAGAUGAAACAAAAAGCUACAUAUUCUCGAAAAAAACAAACAAUUACCACUGAUAUAAAAUCAGAUAUCCGAACCAAAGAGAGCCCAUGCGAAGAUCUGGGUUUUAAUAUGGAUAUACCAAACAAUCCAGUUCUUCCUAGACGUACAUACUUACACAAACCAAUUCCUGCACGUAUUCUUUCAGAUAAAUCAAAUAUUGUCGAUAAACCAGUGAAAAAUUUAGUAUCAAAAGAAUCGGUGUUGUUACAUAAACAAAAAAAGAAGGAAAUAGAUAAUUUGCCGAAAAAACGAACGAUUAAUCGCCUCAGCAAACCAUCUCCCUCGAAAAAGACAAUUCCAAAGGCCACAGUUCCUAUUUCGAAGCUUAGAAAAAAAUGUCCCUUGCCUUUAGAUAAGCAACCGCCCAUUUCCACUAAUAAAAAACGAAAUCUAUCAACUAUAGCUUGCUUAGAUGAUUCAACACAAGCAAAAAAUAACCCACAUAUUGAUAUAAAUGAUCUUUCUGCUAAUAUUUUGGAUGGAUUAUCAUCAUUUCAACAGCUAUCAUCAGAUGCUCCACCAGUUGCAACAUCAACGCCAAAAGAAAUAAAACAUACAAAAGAAAUGGCACAGCCAACACUUAAUAUUUCCGAAAACAUUUCAUCUGAUAUAUCAUCUUUAUUGCUUUCAACUUCUACAGAAAAUAUAUCAGAACAAGAAAUGCUAAAGCUUGCUUCAUUGAAUCUCAAUACAAAUAAGCCAAUAAAACAGUCUCGUAAUAAACUUAAAAAAAAAGGAAUGUUUGUAAAGUAUCUAGCGCAACCUAUUACUUGCGAUAGUAGUCUUGACGAUGAAAUUAUCACUAAAUUCUCAUAA